CACCAACACCCAGACGAUCCAUCGAUCGUCCAAACCGCAGCUAUACUCUACUACGACCACGCUAGCUACAAAGCAGAUAGCUUUUUUGGCCAAGAAGAGACAAGAGCAAGAUCAUGUACCACCACCACCAUGGCCAUGGCGAGGUGGCGAGCCUUCACCUCCUCUCGCCGCCGAACCCUCCCUUCUUCGGCGCCGCGGCGCGCCACCACCACCACAGCCUGAACAUGGCGCUGCCGCCUCAGGCCUACUUCGUCCCCGCCGCGCCGCCGCCUUUGCAGGAGGCGGCAUCUGCCGCCAUGCUCACCGCCGGCGCCGGCGUUGGCGUCGACGACGACGCGAUGGAGGUGGAGGUGUUCGAGCUGGAGCGCAUCCUGCAAGAAGCGGCAGGUCGUCUUGCCGGCGGCGGCGGCGGCCGCAAUGGCUCGCCCAGCUCGGGCUCAGAUGACGUCGGGGGAGGGUACAGCUACCACGGUCGCGGCGUGGCUGCCGCGGCGGAGGACGAGCGGCGGCGGCGGCGGAUGGUCUCGAACCGGGAGUCGGCGCGGCGGUCGCGCAUGCGCAAGCAGCGGCAGCUCAGCGAGCUGUGGGCGCAGGUCGAGCACCUCCGCGGCGCCAACCGCCGCCUCCUCGACGAGCUCAACCGCGCAUUGAGGGGUUGCGCCGACGUCCGCCGCGAGAGCUCUCGCCUCCGGGACGAGAAGGCCGAGCUCAUCAAGAAGCUCCAGCUGCUCCCGCAGCCGGCGCCGGAGAAGAACGCAUCCUCGCCGUCGGCCUCGAGCAACCACGGCAGUAGCUGCUCAUCGGAGCCAUGCAAGAACAGCACUACUACGACUACUGCUGCUGAAUGAAUUGCAUAAAUCAUUAUUAUCCAACAAAAUUUUCAGUUGAGAGGAUAAUAAUAACAAUUACUGUUUAUCAAUAAGAACAUGUAUAAGUAAACAAGGAUAGUUAUUGGAGAUGGAGGCAUUCAUGCAUGAGACAUGAGAGGUUGAUUUUCCUAUCUUGAGGAGGUUUUUGAUGUGUAUUUUUACAACUAAUUAUGUACUUACAAACGGAUAAAUUAACAUGGAUUAUAUGUACUAUAUAUUUACAAGUUGUAAAAUUGCAGUCCAAUUGAAGAGUGACAGGACAAAUGAUGGGGUAGAAGAAGCAUGCACAAAUCUACAAGUAGACUUGCCAGUCGCCAUAGUGUUGUGCAACUAUGAAGAAAAAAAAAUAGUGCCUUUCAUGUAAUGAUGUCAUGGUGUUCAACUAACAUGUAAUGGAUUAUGCUUUGGGGAUUGCUAAUGGACGGCAUGUUUUUUUUAAUGUUAACUUACCCAAUUUCUACUCCUCUUGUUCUGUA